GAAGCCACACAUCUUGGACAAGAUGGGCGGCAAUAAUAGCUACGCCGCCUGUCACAGUUAUAAAAGGACCAAGAGACUUCAAGAGUGCGCAGAUUUGCUUGUUGUUUUCUUCUAUUACACCGAAACCAUUUAAUGGCCGUAAAUACUAGGUCAGAGUAGACAGUUCCGAUUUCGUGGAAUCUUGACGUGCAGCAAAAUCCGGGGCUCUAAAAAAGAUCUCAAUGUGCUACAUAAAUUUUAGCACCACCAUGAAAACUUACAUGCCAUAAGUCAGCAACAACUUGAGCCGCUAGAGGGGCCUUUUCUUUAUGCUGUAAUUUUUACCGGCGUAAUCGUCGGUAGAAGGAGGCCACUGUGAAUUGCUGUUUGCACUAAGACCCUUCGAGUAAAAUCCCUUCAUGCCGAGGUAUGGAAGAAUAAAAAUAAAAAAAAGAACAAAUAUUACGCUGUCCGCCGCCUUGUCACAGGGCAUUCUUCCGUACCAUGCACGGCCCAUUAUAACUGGGUUAAUUAAUGAGGAGAUUAACAGGCCAUCAUAAGCGCGCUGGCCGAACGCUGGCCCCAGUUCGGCGGAGAGCAGCGCCGCCCGGCGGCCUCCCUCGCCUCCGGCGGCCCCUCGACCGGGCGGGGUGCAUUUGCGCGGCGCCGUUGACGGAGGCGGCAUGCGUGGAAUACUGCUGCUACUGCUCGCCUGCCAGGGUGUCUGGGCCGAGUAUUACGGCAAGCUGAUCGGGCGCCUGGAGACACUGCAGCACGCAGUGUCCGGGACUGUGUACGCGGCCAGUGAGGACAGCUUCUACCUGGUGGACUUCACAUACGAUGGCAAUGGACCAGACGCUUUCUUCUGGGCCGGCAGCAGUCCCCAGCCAGACAGCACGGGCGAAAUCCUGGCGGACGAGAAUGGCAUGCGUCAGCGGCUCAGGGGCUACAACCACGAGAACUUGCUCCUCAAGCUGGACAAGCCGAUCCGAAACUACCGAUACCUGGCCGUGUACUGCCGACGAUACUCGGUGGCCUUCGGUUGGGUGAGAAUCCCGCACGACUUCGAGCCUCCCUCGCCACAGGACCUGGGAUUCCUGAGCGGCGCCCAUGGCGUCGCCGCUGACCCAGUACUUCUGCUUGAUUCCAGGACCAUGCAGCUGACCAACUUCCACUAUGACGGAGCGGCACCUGAUGCCCACUUCCUUGUAGGCAGGGGUGAUGUGUCCGGCACCAACGGCAUCGUGAUUGCCAACGAAAAGCGCAGCUUCGACAAGCUGGGCCGCUACUCCGGCGAGAACGUGACGCUGUCGCUGCGUCACGGAACGAGCUGGGACCAGUACGAGUGGCUGUCCGUCUACUGCACCAAGGCUUCCCAGGAUUUUGCCCACAUUCGGCUGCCAGACAAGCUCACCGUGCCAGUCGCCCAAGAGGCUCGCCGAUACCUUGGCAGACCGCUGGGAAACCUGGACACGGGCGUCCACGGCGUCGGCGGCAACGUUUAUGUGGCCUCGGCGGACACCCUGGUGCUGGAGGACUUCAGCUACGACGGCAGCGGCCCAGAUGCCCACUUCCUCCUUGGCACCACAGACAAGCCAGAUGGAUCAGGCACAGUUAUUCAAGCCGACAGUGCCAGACCUCUGAUGGCGUAUAACAAGAAAACCGUCGUGCUCAACCUGCCCGCAGGAAAGAAAAUUACAGACUUUAAGUGGUUCAGCGUUUACUGCAGAAAAGCCAAGACCAGCUUCGCUCACGUGGACAUCCCGGGUGACGUGGACUACCCGCGACCAACCCCCGUCGCGCUCAACAUCAGCGGCGCACACAGCACGCGCGCCGAUGCGGUCGUCGUCGAGGAUAAGAAGACGCUGCUGCUCGAGAACUUCAGCUACGAUGGCUCAGCGCCAGAUGCAUUCUUCCUCGUCGGAAAGGGAGAGCGGCCGAGACCCGAUGGCACCAAGAUCCCCGACGAGAAUGGAAGAGUGCGAAAGCUUAAGGGCUACGUGAACGCCAAUGUGCGCCUUACUCUGCCUGGAAACCUGACGGUCGACGACAUAGAUUGGUUCUCUGUCUACUGUAUCACUUACACCGAGGUCUUCAUCAUGGCUGAGAUUCCCAAAGAGCUCAAUGUUCCUCCCAGCAUAGGAAUGCUCAUGAAGGAGGCGCAGCAAAGACCGGGUGAUUUUAGCAACUGCGAGGCCAUUGUCUCCAACCGAAUACAAGUGGGCUGGCACCUGGAGACAGACACCAUCACAUUCCACGUGCGAGCGCAAACGAUGCCGGGCCAGUGGACAGCCUUCGGCACGAGCGGCGUCAAGGAGCGGAGCGCCAUGGUCGGCGCCGACGUGGCCGUGGUCUUUGUCCACCGCGACAGCCGCGUCUCCGUCGCCGACUACUACCUUUCGUCCAAGGCACAGUGCUCGAGCAGCGGCGGAGUGUGUCCGGACAGCAAAGUUGGCGGCACCGAGGACCUGCAGCUUGUCUCGUCCCGAUACGACAACGGCGUUGUUGACGUCGUUUACUCCAGAAAAUUGGCCACAGCGGACAGCAAUGACAAGACCAUCGCAACCACAGGCCGAGUGGCGGUGGUUGCUGCUCAGGGUCCCACCAACAUGGACCAGCCGGACACUGUACUCUACCACACCAUGGUAGUUACGAGAGACGACGUAUUCCUGCAGUUCAACCGGAACGCCGAGCGCAACUGCCCGCCGCUGGCGCCCGUACUGCCCGCGCCCCCCGAGGGCCGGGCCGUGUUUGGCGGGCGCCACAUCUGGAAGAGCUUGAACGUCACCACCUUCCGCGCCCAGAUCGGGCCGACCGGUGGCAGCCGCGGCUACGAGAAGGUCACCGGCCAAUCGGGCUGGGGCAUUUCGUGGUGGAUCAACGAGGAGCUCAUUCCGGUGCUGCACGUGGAGCGCGGCAAGACGUACACGUUCGUGGUCGAGGGCGGCGUGGACCCGAGCAACUCGGCUCGCUACCACCCCUUCUACAUCACUGACAGCAGCAAGGGCGGCGGCUCCAAGGAGGAUCGCGCAGUCCUCGGGAAGAAGGGCCAUCUAUUGCUUGCUGGAGUUGUCUUGGACUCCCAGGACAAGGUUGACACCUCCAGAGGUACGGGCCGCUAUUGCGAGUGGAAGCACAAGACGGUGGACAUGAGCGACGAGUCGACAUCCUGGGAGAACUUCAAGCAAACGUUAAGGCUACAGUGUGACCGCGGUCAGCCCGGAACAUUUACCUGGACUCCGGACAAGGAUACGCCCGGCCUUGUCUACUACCAGUGCUUCACCCACUACUAUCUGGGCUGGAGGAUCGUGGUCACUGACCCGGAAGAAAUGGAAGAAGCUAUGGACCCGAUGGAAAGCGGCGCCAGCCGAGUGCUGAAGCUGCCGAUGCUCUUUUGGCUCGCCUUCGUCGUCUCACGGUGUUAACAGAAGCGGCGCCAGCGUUUCUCCUCUGUUCCGAACAGGACGUGCCAAGACCUUCGAGCACUUCUCUGCUCAUCUCGCUCGCCUAUAGCUUCUUUGUUUUGCGGAAUUUCAAACACAGCUGUGGGUAGUUUCGCAAGUGGGCAACCACUAAAGGCACACACGGCGUGUUGCGACAGCGAGGACAGAAAUGUCUCCUGCUGGGGCAUGUGCUAUGCCGCGCUCUUUCUGACCAGCAGCGUCUCGGUUCAGCGGUUAAGUGAAGAAACAAACACAGGCAAUCCACUCGAUGAAGGACGAACACUGGCACUGCGUGUUCACAGUCUAGGUGACGACCACCUUCAUUUCUUAUUCGUUUGCUUGUGCGUGUGCAUAUGUGUGACGCGAUGUGCGAAGCGUCACAGAGCGUGCACGUCUCGUUUGGUGCACGCUUCUCGCCAAAUAUUCUGAAGGAAUAUGUGAUAAUCCUGAGCUCUUUGUUAUGUCCUUUUUGUGUUUUACGCUUCAAGUUUUAAAACAUUCCGAUAGGCCCAGUUGUGCCCCAAGUAAGUCGCUUUCGCCGUCUGUGCCAGGUACCUGCAUUGUUUCAUGUGUGAUAUCACUUAUGCAGGCAUUCUUCCAGGGUGCCAAUUGCGUGGCAAAAAAAAUCAUCAGCAAUAGUCGUUGCGCAUUGUGUCAAAUAAUUAUGCUAACAACGAUGCGCAAUGUAUGUCUGGACAUUACAUCAAAUAAUAUAUCCGUUAAAAUCGCGCAGGGUGUAAAUGAAUUUUCUAUUUUGCACGUCAAUUAUGUGUGCUCGUGCGUUUCUGUUGUUUAAUUUCGGACAUUAUUUUUGUUUGUUUGCUUGGUGUUGGACCCAGUCGUUCUGCCUCAAGUAAAUGAGCUUGAGUUGCACGUAUCGUGCACGGACACCAUCAGCAGCAAGUAGCCGGCCAUGCAGUCGUGGACAAUGUGAAGCGGACCAUACCAGGCUGCGCAAAUAUUCAUGACGUGGAAGGGCGCGUCAUGAAAGACCAGUGUACAAUGUCAUCAGCAGUGUUGCAUACAAGACUUUACAAAAAGUUGUUCUGCCCCCUGUGUUGCAUGUGCCACUGCCAAGACAUCCACACCACGAGAUGGGCGAUUUUUCUCCAAGGACCGCCUUCGAAAGUGCUUGCCUACGGAUUUUGUGCGUUAUUUGAAAAUACCAAUCCACACCACAUUUCUUACUCUAAAGCAAAAGUGAUAAUAAAUGUACCCCAGGAUCUCUUCAAAAAUGCUA